CAGCGAAUGGCCCAACCUCUAUCACAUCGAGCGUGGAACUUUCGCGAACUUCAAUCACUUGGCAGAAAUAACGAUUCAGAAAAUUCCUAUGCUCCGCUUCAUCGGGCCUGGUGUUCUCGAGAACCUUCAGCGACUGAGCACACUGAGGAUAACGCACUCAGGACUCUUGAGAGUUCCGUUUCUGAGUGCUGUGGAGCCGCUGACUUUCAUCAACAUGAUAGAUCUGGAGAGCAAUCGCAUCGAUAUAAUCGGCGAGGGCAGUUUUCGUCAGGUCAAAACCGCACAUUUGGUUUUGAAUAACAACCACAUAGAGAAAAUCGAGAACUGGGCCUUCAACGCGUCCAUGAUCGCGUACCUCUCGAUUCGGAACAACCGCAAACUGAAAAUCAUCGGAGAUGACGCGUUCACAGGCCUUUCGAAUAUUACUGCGCUGGAUCUAUCUGAAACGAGUAUCACCUCCCUCCCAACGAACGGGCUGGAAAAUAUCGAAGAUCUGGCUCUCCGAGAAGUUCACACGCUCCUCGUAUUUCCAUCGGUGUACAAUUUUCGGUACAUCAAAACUGCUCACUUGACCUAUCCGUAUCACUGUUGCGCCUUCAAAUUUCCGGAAACUCACAGUCCUGAGGAGCACGACAGAUUAACGCGGAGCUGCUCACAUGAUUUCGUGACGAACCAUCCGGCGGGACUUAUUCAAUUUGUACAGGCUCAGAUGUGGCUAUUCACCUGCGGACCGAUAUCUAUGCACCAUGUGACUUGUUCUCCCGCGCCCGACGCUUUCAAUCCUUGCGAGGACGUGAUGGGCACCCUAUCCCUUCGGGUCGCCGUGUGGUUUGUCGUACUGGCCGCCGUGGUCGGCAACCUCGCCGUAAUGGUUGUCCUCAUGAGCUCCAGAUUUCGCAUGACUGUCUCCAAGUUCCUCAUGUGUAACUUAGCUCUAGCUGACCUGUGUAUGGGUCUUUACCUAUUGCUCAUCGCUGUUGAAGAUGUCACCACCGUAGGAAGUUAUUUCAAUCAUGCCAUUCAGUGGCAACACGGAGCUGGAUGCAAGGUCGCCGGCUUCCUCACCGUAUUCGCCUCCGAGCUGUCGAUUUACACGUUGACAACGAUUACGUUGGAACGAUGGUAUGCCAUCACCUUCUCAAUCCAUCUCAACCGGAGACUCAAGCUCCGUACAGCGGCCAGGAUCAUGGCGUUCGGUUGGGGAUACGCGAUUCUUGUAGCAACCCUUCCCCUCGUAGGUGUCAGUGGUUACUCCAAAACCAGCAUCUGCCUGCCCAUGGUGAACAGGAACACUGUUGACGUUACGUACCUGUCGUCACUGCUGAGUUUCAACGGACUCGCUUUCAUACUGAUCUGCGCUUGUUACGCGCGCAUGUACUCCAGCAUAGCGGGACAGCAGAUGGCGAAUUAUUACGGCGGUCGAGAUACGACUGUUGCCAAGCGAAUGGCACUCCUUGUGUUCACGGACUUCGCUUGUUGGGCUCCAAUAGCUUUCUUCGGGCUCACAGCCGUCGCGGGCUACCCGUUGAUCGACAUGACGAAAUCGAAGAUCCUUCUAGUGUUUUUCUAUCCAUUGAACUCGUGCGCGAACCCUUUUCUAUACGCCAUUCUUACGAGACAGUAUCGUAGGGAUUUGUUCAUUCUGUUAGCCCGGUACGGGCUGUGUACCAGCAGAGCAUCGAAAUACAAAGACGCAUCCUCUGGCAACAACCCCAACCACGGAGGGCCAGGUAACGAUAUAGCGUUAGUAUUUUCGAAUUUCUUCGAUGUUGAACAUGCGAGUUCGGUGUGCGGCAAAGCCGAGGAGACUCCCUAUUAUCUCACUAUUCAGGUCACAUCCGACGUCUCAUUCGGUUCGGAGGGGCCAGCUCUGGAAGCAGCGCCGCCAACUCCACAACAACCAACGACCACAGGAGAAUGGAAUGAGCUCGGUUUCGAGGCAUCCUUCGAUCCGGCGGUCGAGAUGACGGUAGAACCGACUGUGCACAACGUCGGGAAGAAGAAAAGACGAACCUUGCCGGGAUUGCACUACCUCUGCGACACUCACAUUUGA